UUCUCAGCUUCUGAAAAAUGGAAAAUUCAGUAUAAAUCAAACACGAAACAAAAAAAAUUGAAAUUGCCAAAAAACAAAUGUAUAACACCAUUCGCCGCCGAGCGUAGAUAGAGAGCUACGUUGCGCCUCCGUUAAUGGCUGUUUCCGGAGCCGGCGAAGGAACGACGGCGAUCGGUGGAAACUCCGGAUUCAAAAGUGGCUGGAAACAACACUCCACCGCUCACAAUCACCACCAUCAUCAUCGUUUACAUGGUCACAACUACCAUAGCAGCGGCGGCGGCGGAGGAGGAGGCCGUCGUUUCACGUUCUCCGGAUUCGCGUUCUUCGCGUGCUGCUUUGUAUUUUACGCGUUUGUUGCCGCCGCGUACACGUGGCUGGCGUAUCCCUCACAUCUCCGCCGUACGGAGGGGUCGCCGUCGCCGUCUCCGUCGUCUGCAGGGUGCAGAGAAGACAAUGAGGGUUCCUGGUCGAUUGGCGUUUUUUACGGUGAUUCUCCUUUCGCUCUCAAACCGAUCGAAACAGUGAAUGUAUGGAGAGAGAAGAGUAAAGCGUGGCCCGUGGCCAACCCUAUUCUGACCUGUGCCUCAGUCACCGAUUCUGGUUUCCCCAGUAACUUCGUUGCCGAUCCGUUUCUCUAUAUCCAGGGUGAUACUCUUUACCUAUUCUACGAAACCAAGAAUCCGACUACAAUGCAAGGGGAUAUAGGAGCUGCAAAAAGUGUCGAUAAAGGAGCCACAUGGAAACCUCUGGGCGUAGUGUUGGAUGAGUCUUGGCACCUGUCGUUUCCGUUUGUAUUCGAUUAUCACGGAGAAAUAUAUAUGAUGCCCGAGAGCAGCGAGAUAGGCGAGCUCUGUCUCUACCGUGCUGAUAAGUUCCCCCUAAGCUGGAAGCUCGAGAAGGUCAUCUUGAAAAAACCACUCGUCGAUUCGAUCAUCCUCCACCAUGAUGGAAACUACUGGCUGUUGGGGUCAGAUCACAGCAGCUUUGGGACCGAGAAAAACGGACAGCUGGAGAUCUGGUACAGCAACUCGCCUCUCGGCCCAUGGAGGCCGCACAAGAAUAACCCUAUCUAUAAUGUUGGAAAGAGUUUUGGUGCUCGAAAUGGAGGGAGAGUGUUCCGACAUGACGGGAACCUUUAUCGGGUUGGCCAAGAUUGCGGUGAAACUUAUGGGAAACAAACACGUAUCUUCAAGAUCGAGAUGCUUUCAAAGGAAGAUUACAGAGAAGCCGAAGUCCCGUUCACUCUCGAAGUGGCACGCAAAGGUCGAAAUUCAUGGAACGGGAUACGACAACAUCAUGUCGAUGUGCAGAAGCUAAGCUCUGGUGAAUACAUCGCUCUCAUCGACGGUGACAGAGUGAUUUCCGGCGAUCGGAUGCAUCGGAUUCUUCUCGGUUAUACUUCUCUCGCGGCUGCAACUGCUGUUACAGUGUUACUAGGGUUUCUACUUGGAGUUGUGACCUGCAUUGUUCCAUACAAACUGGCCCAUGGAUUACUAUGCAGGAGCUAUGACCUGCAUUGUUCCUCUAAGUUCAGGCGUCUAUGUUCACGCUUGAACCGAGUACCUCCUUCCACCCGAGGAUCCGUCAACCCUAAUUCCCCCGUCGGAAGACUGACACUCAGUUUAAUGAUUGGUGUUGGAGCUUUGUUCGCGUGUGUAGGUGUCGGAUACAUCUAUGGAGGCAAUGGAGCUUCUGAACCUUACCCUCUCGAAGGUCACUUGUCUCAGUUCACGUUAGUGACGAUGACUUACGAAGCUCGUCUCUGGAAUCUGAAAAUGUACGUUAAGCAUUACUCCCGUUGCGCCUCGGUGAAGGAGAUUCUCGUCAUAUGGAACAAAGGGUCACCUCCCAAACUGACGGAUCUAGACUCGGCAGUGCCCGUUAGAAUCCGAGUCGAGAAACGGAACUCCCUGAACAAUCGGUUCGAGAUUGAUCCUCUCAUAAAAACCAGAUCCGUUCUAGAGCUCGACGACGACAUCAUGAUGCCCUGCGAUGAUAUAGAAAAGGGUUUCAGAGUAUGGAGAGAGUAUCCGGAUAGGCUAGUCGGAUUCUACCCUCGUCUCAUCGACGAAACUAUGAAAUACAGAGGUGAGAAAUUCGCGAGAAGCCGGAACGGAUACAACGUGAUUCUCACGGGAGCCGUGUUCAUGGACGCGGGUUUGGCGUUCAGGAGGUACCAUUCGGAAGAGGCGAAGGCGGGUCGGGAAUUUGUGGACGAGCAGUUCAACUGCGAGGACGUGUUGAUGAACUUCCUGUACACAAAUGCCAGUGGGACCGAGCAAGCCGUGGAGUACGUGAGACCGGCUUGGGCCAUCGACACGUCAAAAUUCUCCGGUGUGGCGAUAAGUGGAAAUACGGACGAACACUACAGAAGACGAAGCAAGUGUCUCCGGAGAUUUUCUGACAUGUACGGAAGUUUGUCUCAUCGGAAAUGGGAGUUUGAUUCGAGGAAAGAUGGAUGGGAUGUGUAGUGAAUCAGGUUACUUGUAGUGCAAGCAAGUGGUGUUUUUGGUUUGAUUAGAUGAAUUAUGUAGGUGGGUUCUGACGUUCUGUAAACUUAUAUUAGUUUUUUUUUUAUAAUAUCAAAUAAAAUUAUUUUCAAAUUA